AUGUCCUCGUCAGCCAUCCCCGGCGGUGCUCCUCCUCCUCCGCCUCCCCCGCCGAUAGCCAAGAACACCGCUAGUUCAUCAGCCCCCACACCACCCGAUGUCCAUCCCAACGGCCCUCAAGGUGGCUUUCUGGUCGAACUGCUCGUCUACAAUGGCGCGCCAUUCAAAGAUCACUGGGCGUACUUCAUUCAUCCGAGCAAAAGAUCCGAACUCGGCGUACUGAUGGAAGCUGCCGGUGACGUGAGAAACGGCUUCAAAAUUGAAAUCGAGCGCAGCCACGAUCUCGCAACAAAUCCCCCUACUAAACGGAUUCCGCUACAGUGGGUCGGUCAUGAGUUAUUUGGCGGUGAUACUCCCGGCCCAAGCUUCGAGACUAGCGCAUGUAAGGUGGAAGCUCCGGGGAAGACGCUCAAUGCGGUUGAUGAUAUAGCUGCUCCUACCGGUCGAAAGGUCAAGCUGAGGAACUGCCAGACGUGGAUUGUCGAGUCGGCGGAUCAGUUGGUCGAAGAUGGGAUAUUCAGGCCCGAGGUUGCGGGUUACCUGCAUGCAAUUGAGCAGUUGUAA